ACCGUAUCUUAUAGAUUAGCUUUUAUUUUGAAACGUGGAGUCAUAAUUAAAAUCAAACAUUUCGGGAGUGUUGAGCGCACAUUUAAACAUUAAAAACGUUGCUAAAAAUUUACAAAAGGCAAAACUGACAGAGCAUCACGUUGGCUAGUGAUUUUGAAUAGUGUACCAUUGAAUAUUUGGGAUUAUAAUAAUUCAAAAGCAAGACACUUUGCGCAAUUUUUAGUGAAUCUCACACUAGCCAUUGCUAAAAAUUUACAAAAGGCAAAACUGACAGAGCAUCACGUUGGCUAGUGAUUUUAAGUGGUGUACCAUUGAAUAUUUGGGAUUAUAAUAAUUCAAAAGAAAGACACUUUGCGCAAUUUUUAGUGAAUCUCACACUAGCCAUUCCACUUGUUUAAAUAAUAUUUCUCUGUUGCAUAUUGAUAUUUGAGCAUAAAAAUGAAACUGCUUGAAAUAUGGAUACGUUUUGCUAUUUUUCUAGGAGUAUGUUGUCAUAUGACGUUUGCUUCUACUUCCGAACCUACAACGACAACCACAACUUUACCACCCACAAGUUCAUCUUCAAUAUCGUCUUCUGUGCCAUCGACAUCACCAUCAACAUUAUCUACCAGUCUUUCAAGUGGAAGUCAAGGAAAUACAGCAUCACCUUUGGUUACUACUAGUAGCACUGUUAAUAUCUCUACAAAUGUGUUAACAACGACAUUACCAACACCUACAUCAGCAGCAUCUACAGAAACAACAAAAAACAUGCCUGCUAAUCCUUCUCUAAACUCUUCUUUUAAUACUAUUACUGACGCAACAUCUGCAAAACAAACAACCACUACGAUAGCGGCUGUAACAACGAGUAUUUCUGUAUACCAAACGUCUCCAGUUACAAUUACGUUAAGUUCAAGUACAACAAAUGCCAGAGCGUCAUCACAAACAACCACAACAGCCCCUACAGCACAGACUGGUGGUGCUCCAACAACAUUAAAUAUUACUCAACUUUCUCCUACCAAUCCUUCGGCAUUGCCAAUAACAGACAAUUUUACGUCUGCAUCAAUCAUUACCACAACGUUCAAUUCUGCAAAUUCUACGUACACACCGAUGAUUUCUCAGACGGCCGCAACAACUCCUUUAAAUGCUACGAGAACAUCAAUUGCUACGACAAAAGCAGCGACAUUGACAGCGACUAAAACACAAACACCAGCAUCAACAGCAUCAUCAAAUGAACCAACGACAGUGACACCAAAAGAACCCAACCAGACAUCUUACCAAUCUCUAACCUCGCCUAAUAACGGAUCUCAAUCAGCUUCGACACAACCAUACUCAAAUAAUGCACCAUCGGAACCCGCAACAACAGCAACUUCAACAACGUCACCAGUUACGGAGAAACAACAGCAAUUUCAAUACGAUAGGGAACUUGCGAUCAUUUUCGGUGUUGCGUGCGGAGUGAUGCUGAUAAUCAUUGCUGGAAUGUGCAUUCAACGUAUGAGGCGUAAGAAGGAGCAACACCAGUUUAUCGUUGGAGGAGAUGAUAUUGAAAUAAAAUCAUCUCAAUUUUAGUUUGCUUGAUGUGUACAUUUGCAGGAUGGAUUUGCGUCUUUUUUAGUUUACCGUCAUGACUAUUACAGCUAUAAACGUACGAACAGGCUGGUAUAUGCAAUUUUUGACAAAUGGAAAUCCAUCUUAAAGAAGUUUUUGAACAUUUUCUGUUUCAAGUCACAGAAUCUGUCGUGAUCUGUGUGUAUAUAGAUAUUAUACAAGUAUACCAACUCUGACUCAUCGAAAAUGCUUCUGUGAAUAUGCAAUGUAAUAUGAGCGUGGGAUCGAUUGUCUUAGUGUUGUUUAAAUUGCAUUACCAGAGGAAUUCAUCACGUGACUAUCACAAUGGCGACGUCCGUGCCGAAACAGAUAUUGUUCGCCGUUGUAUAAUCUUUAUUAGUGUUUGUUUAUUGUUUUAAUUGCCCUAACUGUCCAGCCAUAUCAGUAAGAAAGUAAUUAGCGUUUAUUUCGUAUUAAUAUUCGAUUAUAUCUCGGUUUUACUCACUACGAACUUUGUUAGCGGGAGCUGUAAUUGUGUGAUCCUGCUAAGAAAUUUCGUAGCGAGUAACGUCGAUAUAUAGAGUGAAUAUUAAAGUGACCUUUUCACAGCAUGUAUGCAAGUUUGUCAUUAAAUGCUUUUAAUCGAUCAAUGUAAACGUUGGAACUAAACAGCUCCAGUAAAAAACAAAAUUAAAGAAAGUAAUCCACAACUGGGCUCGAACAACUGUCCCAUGGAGUAAAAGUAAAACACUUUAACCACUCGGCCAUCCGUGCUCAUACAGUCAAGUGUAUUUUAUAUAUUAUAUAAUGAUAAAAAGACAUUGUAAUAUACAACCAUUAUAUAAGCAAUCCUCGUAGUGUCACAAAAUAUAACGAUAACAACAGAACUCUUAAUUAUUCAAUCGUUCGCGUUUGUAACGCUUUAUAAUUUUCAGUUUUUCAAAUCAUCAAAAAGAUGCAUAGAAUGAGUAUUUUAGAGCAUGGUAAAUGUUAAGUAUGACUGUUUCGUCGCAAUUAUCAUAACUACAACGACAAUUUGCGAUUCUGAAACUUUUUUUUCAAUAUUGUCAACUUACCAAAACGUGAAAAGGUCUCUUUCAAACCAAAUUAACACUGAUCACUUUGUAACGAGUAUGGCUGGAAAGUUAGCGGCAUUUACAAAUUAAAGAAAAGUAAUAAACAGUAUAAACGGCGAAAAAAUACCUAUUUGGGCACAGACGUCGCCAACUUGACUUCCUUUAUGGCCCUAUUCCACUACGAAAACAAGCCCACGAUUCGCUACGAUUUAUUUAUUAAAUCAGGAAGACUCGUGACAGUCUACGAUUCAGUUACCACACUGGUACGAUUGAGUUACGACGAAUCGUGGGGUUCGGUUGAAGUCUUGCAAAUAGGGUCGCGACUUCACUUCGAUGUGUAGGAAUCUACUGCGACUGUACUACGGACGAUGCAGAUCGGUCACGACUAAGCUAGGACCUAACCGAACGCACCCAUGCAUUAGGCGCCAAUAUCUAUUGAUAUUGAUCAUUCUUUACAAUGUGACCUACAUUCUUCUGUGCACAUGUACAUGUAGGCCUUCGUUUCUUUUUUUGGCGCAAAAUCAAAAAUGGAAAUUUGACGAAGAGCAGCUGUAGUAUUUGCACUAGAGCUUGAACAUGAACACAAAGUGUAUUCUUACUUAUCUCCCCCCUGCCCUUGCCUUUUCUUGCCAUUUUUAUUAUAAACAAAUUACCUAUUAUUCAUACAAAGCCCUAACAACUGAAUGACUAAAAAACAGAGAAGCUAUAUUUAUAUACCACACAAAUUCUCCGAAAAUCGUAACUGUUUCGUAACUAAAUCGCGAGAAUCUUAGCGGGCUCGCAACUCACUCGGAGUAAACUCGUGAGAGUCUUGACAAAGUCGUAGCUGAUUCGUAAACAGAUCAAGUAAUCACCGAUUUCACGAUUGAGUCACGAAUUACCUACGAUUCCAUUACGACGCCCAAGAACGCACUACGACGCUGUUACGAGUCAAAUGCGAUUAAAUUCAGUCUUGGAUGUCCUGGCCAAAUUUUAAACACGUUUAAAAUAUAGCCACGAUUUUUCGGGAGCACACGAGUUGCAGGAAUCACUUACGACCGGCCCACGACUAGCUACGAAUGAGUUAGGACCUUCGCCGAUUGAGCUUCGAAUGUCCCCGACCUCAACAUAUUGGAAAUCGGGACAAAUCGUGGGGAAUCGGGUCGUAGUGGAAUACCCCUAUAAGAUGAUCACGUGAUUACCUCUUCUGCUGUCUAUACAUGUUUAAUGGGUUAGUGUGACGUGACUCUGAUUUGCGGUUCAUGACACUGUAUGGUCGAAAUCCUAUGAGUUGGCUCACAAAGUUUGUUUUAGUUUUAUAGUAACUCUGUGUAAGAAAAUAAAAUAAAUUGAUGGACUACACAUUACAUCGAUUCGAUAUUGCCUCUUUCCAUUCUAUCUGUUCAAAUGCAUAGCCAUGUGUAUAUACAUUAAAUCUGCAAAGUUGCUGCUGUUUAAAAUACUUGUUAGUUUUGGUGCGAUUUAAUAUGAAAAUUAUGCAUGCAUGUCAUUGUAAAUAAAGUCCAUAUUUUUCCUGA